AUGGAAUCACCGUUUCCGCUUCUAAAACUACCAGCUGUUGUGUUGAGAUUGGUUGCGGCGUGUUUGGGAACUAAAGAAAAAAUCUACUUCUCCCUUUGCUCCAAAAACAGUGCGGAUCAUAUCCGGCGAUUGAACAUUAAAGUCGAAAGGUUUCUCUGCGCGAUUGGAUCAGAGAUCAGUGUUUCUUUGGGAUUUGACGACUUACAAUCGAUAAGUUUGAUUUUUCUGCCAGUCGAUCAACCAGUUAAUCUAUAUCCUAUUCCUGUUCCAUUGCCACUGGCCUUCAGAUUUUCCACCGGCGUUCGGCAGAGUGAGGAAACUAAGGAGACGCAUAGUUUUCAGAACAUGCCCAGUUUAAAAGAUUUUUUGGGCCAUCUCUCCACAAUUUUCCAUUGCAAAAAUGUUGCCAUUUUGCCCCUCCACGGAUCCGAACAAUAUACACUGGACACUUUAAAGGAAUCAUUCGAAGGGUGUGGUGUGACUGAACUUGUCAUGACUACAUACUAUGGUAAUAAACCUCAUUUUAUCAAUAUUCUGAAAACAUUCUUGCCUGUAAGAAUUCUGUCUCUGGAUAAUAAUCCUUUUGAAUCUAACUGGCAAUUCCGGAAGAGUGUCUUAAAAUACGAAUUUGAUGUACUUCAACUAUGGGCCAAAACUUUGGAUGUAUACGAAUUAUUGUUUGAUAUGGAUAUUAAGCAAAUCGAUAUUUUACCUACACAAGUUCUCUCACACAAACUCAACUUUUUCAUAAGAAUGUGGGUAGAAGGAGAGACGAAUGUUAAUUUGGAGUCAUUGGUUUUUCAGUUCAGAGAAAUUGAUCUCUCAGAUUACUAUCAAGAGACAAUACUCAACGGAAUCGAUAAUCAAGUGGUUACCGAGGAGGAAGAAUACAAACCGAUAUGUAUAUCCAUUCCGUGGGGACUGGUGGAUUCGGUGAUUGAGAUGUAUGAUAUCAGAAGAAAGACUGACGGAAGAAGAGCAACAAUCAAGUUUGAUAGAUUCUCGAAGGCCAUCCGGUUCAAGCUCAUUGUUUGGAAAUCAGAAAAUAAGAUUGGUUCGGUGCAGCAUUGA